AGUCGUAGUCUCGUUGGCGCAUGCGCAUAAUAGAAACUAUGCCCUGUUGUGGCGCCGCGGCUGGAGAUGCUGCGACAGGUCGUUCUUUCGCGCCUAUGCCCACGGUUUGGAGGGCCAACGGUCCCUGCAGCGAGCGGCGGUCGCAGGGCGGUCGCUUCCGGUGUCCCUCCUUCGGGCAGCACCUCGCCCAGAGCCCUAAAUAUUUUCGACAGGGAGUUGAAGAGGAAGCAGAAGAAUUGGGCCGCCCGGCAGCCGGAGCCCAUGAAAUUUGACUACCUGAAGGAGGAGGUUGGAAGUCGGAUUGCAGACCGUGUGUAUGACAUAGCCAGAGAUUUUCCCCUUGCACUGGACAUAGGAUGUGGAAGAGGCUACAUAGCACAACAUUUGAAUAAGGAGACUGUAGGAAAGAUCUUCCAAACAGACAUUGCAGAACAUGCUUUGAGAAAUUCCUUAGAAACAGAUAUUCCUACUGUGAGUAUUUUAGCUGAUGAAGAGUUCCUUCCUUUCCAAGAAAACACAUUUGACCUGGUGGUUAGCAGCUUAAGUUUGCACUGGGUGAAUGACCUCCCUAGAGCACUUGAACAGAUUCAUUAUGUCUUAAAACCAGAUGGUGUGUUUGUUGGUGCAAUGUUUGGAGGUGACACGCUCUAUGAACUCCGGUGUUCAUUACAGUUAGCAGAAACAGAAAGGGAAGGAGGCUUUUCCCCACACAUUUCUCCUUUCACUGCUGUCAAUGACCUAGGACAUCUGCUGGGAAGAGCUGGCUUCAACACUCUGACUGUGGAUACUGAUGAGAUUCAAGUUAAUUAUCCUGGAAUGUUUGAAUUGAUGGAAGAUUUAAAAGGUAUGGGUGAGAGCAACUGUUCUUGGAACAGAAAAGCCCUGCUGCACCGAGACACAAUGCUGGCAGCUGCAGCGGUUUACAGAGAAAUGUACAGGAAUGAAGAUGGUUCCAUACCUGCCACCUAUCAGAUCUACCACAUGAUAGGAUGGAAGUAUCAUGACUCUCAGGCAAGGCCAGCUGAAAGAGGUUCUGCAACUGUGUCAUUUGGAGAGCUAGCAAAACUAAAUGAUGUCAUGUCACAGGGGAAAAAAUAAUAAUUAUUUUAUUCAAUUGUAAUGUUUCCCAGAAUUUUCAUCAGAAAUAACUUUCACAUUUAAAUUAUUACAGUUUGAAGCAAGAUGCAACCUAUUGAGCUAUUUACUAGCAACCCAAUACUAACUGAUGCUUAGUAAGUAUUUCAGGUUCUCGUUUGUUUCUAUUUAUGUAAAAAUGCUGUUACACAGUGACUGGGCAUCCUUGCAGAUUCAGCCUGAAAGCAAAGAAAUUGUUUUCCUUUGGGGUGGGGAACCCAGAAGUAUGUGCACAUGUGUGAGUACGUGACUUGAUGAGAAAGCAUGCUCAUUCUAGCAUUCUACACCUUUCUUCCCAUGGGUCUUUUGUUGUCUCUGUGGGAUGAUCACACCCCUCAGGAUGAGAGGAAGGACAAAUUGCUAGGUUCUUGAGAGUUCUUGUGCAGUACAGUGAGAACACAUCAUAAUGACUGCUGUAGACACUGAUGCCAAAAUUAUUUGUUGUACUUUGUUUGUUUGUUUGUUUGUGGGGACAGGUCUCACUGUGUAGCCUUGGUUGGCCUAGACUACCAUGUAGACUAGGCUGGACUCUACUCACAUUGAUCUGUCUGCCUUUAGUAUAGGAUUACAGGCAUGCCUAUGGCCCACCACACCUAGUGUUUGUCACACUUCUGUCUUGUCAGAUGACCAGAGGAUAAUAUACAGUCUCCAAAGCUUCUCUGUAGUUUUGAACUUGAGAAGACCAUCUGUCUUUACUAGAUCUAUCCCUCUUUUCCUGGGUUUGUUAUUAUUGUUGUCUUGAUUUUGUUUUUAAGCCUUAUUUUAUGUACAUGAGUCUUUUGCCUGCAUGUUUACAUCAUGUGCAUGCUUGGUGCCUGUGGAGACCAGAGAGGGCAUCUGGACCCCUGGAACAAUGGCAAGGAUGACUGGAAGCCACUCCAGGUUUGCUGGGCACAGUGCUCUAACGGUGAGCCAUCUCUCCAGCUCCUCCUCCUCUCUUUUAAAAGCGUCUGAAUCCUGUUCCUGCCUUUUUUUUUUCUUUUCUUUUUUUAACUUCUAAGGUCUAGUAGGGGUUGUCUACACUACUUUAUCUUAAGAGGAAAAAACACUUUAAAGAAUCAGAGGUAAAAUCUCUUGUAACCAUCAUUGCCCAGUGAUUAACAAGCUGUUUGCAGUCAGGCUUUUCUUGGUUAUUUUCAGACCUGUUGCACUAUUAUUUUAAAUCCAAGUUCACUGUCUUGACAUCUCGGGUCAAAACAUUUGGAAGCAGUGAAAUGUCCCACUGGGCUUUGCAUUGCAACGUUUGAUCUCAAACUGCUGCUCCUGUUUGGGUGCUUGUGGAACUAGAGGAAUUGAGGCCUGGCUGGAGGAAGUUGCCACUAGGGGCGAACCUUGAAGUUUGUGGUUCUGUCCUGACUCUGGUCCCUUUGCUUCCUGGUCUGCUCAGAUAAGAACAAGUCUUUUCUGCCGAAGCCCCAGAGCUGUCCUUGCUGCUGUGCCUGCCCUGUCCUGAUGGCUAUCCCAAAAUAGUCUUCAUUUCUUCCUCUCAGGUAUUUAAUCAUAGUGCCAGGAAAAGUAACCAAUGCAGUAACAAAACAUUAAAUUGUCCUUUCAAAAAGUUUUACAAAAUUUGUUAAAUUAUUAAAUGGCAUAUGGAAAACGAUGUCUUGAAAACUGUGUUUGUUUUUAAAUUGCUUAGCUCAGUAUUGUGUGGUCCUGGCUGCUGUAAAACUUACAGAGGUCUUCUGGCUCUGCUUCCCUAGUGCUAGGAUUAAAACCAGGUCCACAUAUCCUGCAGGUGUCAGUCUCAAUAGUUUAAGAAAUUCUUGUCCUUUCUGCUCUGUUGCUGUAAGUUUGGAACUCGGUUUUCAGGACUCAAGUUUUUGGUAGGAAAGAACUUCUUUUAUUUCUUUUGAAUAAAAUCAUCAACUUUAUUUUAA